AUGGCGAUGAUGAUGACUGGCCGUGUGCUGCUGGUGUGUGCCCUCUGCGUGCUGUGGUGCGGUGUCUGCGGGGUUUAUGCGAGGAACCCUGACAACAACUCACUGGGCGGCUACAUGGCGUCGGGAGGGUUUGGAAGGAAUAAGUCGUUUUUGUCAACUGGAUCCAGUAAAAACUUAUCCACACCGCCUUUGCUGUCAGCAUCGUUUAUCUCUGCUAUACAAGCCGAAGCUCGUGAAGGAGAGGUUUCUUCUCCAGGAGUUACUGAUUCACCUUUAAGUGGAGCCACGGGUCUUAGUCCUGCUUUUUCCGGUCUUGGUUCUGCUGUUCCUGGCCCUGGUCCUGGUUUUGUUCAUGGUCCUGCUGGUCCCGGGGAUGGUGCUGCUGCUUUUUCCGGUCGUGGUGCUGCUGGUCCUGAUCCUGUUCGUAGUCCUGCCUUUUCCGGUCCUGAUGCUAAUAUUUUUGGUGCUCCUGUUCCCGGUCAUGGCCCUGCUGCUAUUCCUGGUGCUCCUUUUCCCGGUAAUGGCCCUGCUUUUUCUGGUCUUGGUGCUGCUGGUCCCGGGGAUGGUGCUGCUGCUUUUUCCGGUCGUGGUGCUGCUAUUGCUGAUGCUGCUAUUCCUGGUGCUGCUGGUCCUGUUCGUGGUGUUGAUGCUCCUAUUCCUGGUCCUGCUGUUCCCGGUGAUGGUCCUGCUUUUUCCGGUCUUGGUGCUGCUGGUCCCGGUCAUGCUGCUGCUAUUCCAGGUGCCGCUGUUCCCGGUACUGCUGAUCCUGCUGCUAUUCCUGGUUCUGCUGUUCUCGGUCAUGGUGCUAUUCCUGGUUCCAUUUCUGAUGCUGCUAUUCCUGGUCCUGCUAGUCCCGGGGAUGGUGCUGCUGCUUUUUCCGGUCGUGGUGCUGCUAUUGCUGAUGCUGCUAUUCCUGGUGCUGCUGGUCCUGUUCGUGGUGUUGAUGCUCCUAUUCCUGGUCCUGCUGUUCCCGGUGAUGGUCCUGCUUUUUCCGGUCUUGGUGAUGCUGGUCCCGGUCAUGUUGCUGCUAUUCCAGGUGCUGCUGUUCCCGGUACUGCUGAUCCUGCUGCUAUUCCUGGUUCUGCUGUUCUCGGUCAUGGUGCUAUUCUUGGUUCCAUUUCUGAUGCUGCUAUUCCUGGUCCUGCUGGUGCUGGUGCUGCUGCUGCUUUUUCCAGUCUUGGUGCUGCUUUUUCCGGUGCUGGUCAUUCUGUUGCUGGUGGAAGUGAACCUCCGAACUCUCGCUCCGUCGUUAUUUCCUCAAAUCAAGGUGGUAAUGGAAAAACAACCCCGAUCAGUGUUUCAUCCGAUGAGCAGAUUGUACCCCCACAAGAAGUUUUGGCACAAAAAGAGACAGGGAGUCAGCACACCUCUUCGCCCGAAGGACAGCCAACGGUGUCAUCCAACAAUGAAAAACAAAGAAACAAUUUUGCUUCAGCAGGGGGUCGCAGUCUUGGCCACAACGCCGCGGGAGAUGAACUCCAAGACUCUUUGGAAGAACAAAAGAAAAAUGAACAUUCACAAAAGAACGAGACAAAAAAAUCAUCAGGGGAUCAAAUUACAGAAUCCCAAAGCAGUGGAAAAGAAAUCUCGGAAGUAUCCAACACAAAAGCGCAUGGGAUAAAAACUCAACAGCCAAAGAAAAAUCCAGUAAAUGAGAAGAACUACAGUCAAAACACGGAUGCAUCCCACACCACCUCCCCUCUUUUGCUUCUUCUUCUUGUUGCGUGUGCGGCUGCUGCUGCGGUGGUGGCCGCGUGA